AAAAACCGCAUUUGUAGUAGGUAAAUACAACAAACAUGCAUUAUCAAUUUAUUUUAGUGCUAGUUUUAUUGGGACUUUCCCAAAUUAACGCUGAUAACACACCUGUAACAGAAUGUGCGGAAGGCAUAUUACCCACAAGUAUAAUCGUAGGAAAUGUGGGUACUCCAUGUAUGUCCACCCCGUGUGAAAUUAACACAUCGUCGGCUGUUCAAUUUGCGAUCAAUUUUACAGCACCCGAGUAUAUGGCAAGUCCUUAUCAACAAAUUUUCGUGGAUCUGAUAAAAUCAACUUACCCUCUAAUCGAACACGACGCCUGCAAGGGAAUUUCAACUUCAUGGUGCCCCAUUGCAAAAGGAGAAGACGUAUCGUACAUUUUCAACUUUAAAAUGCCCUCGUUAACGCCGACCGGCAUCAACACUGGGGUUAGAGUGUAUUUGCAACCAGACAAGAAGAAUGAAACAUCAUUAGUUUUUAUGUCUUUGGUAAAAAAAACAUUAUCAACAAAAUUCCUGUCAAAAUUUAUAGUAAAUUCAACGAAAUCAUCGCAAAACUUCAGCAAUCAACCAAUAAAGAGUUACAUAAAAAAUGAUAAGGCAAAAUACCUGAAGUAUUUCUUGUUAUUCACAACUGGGUACGUAACGUACAGGCAGUACAAAGAUAAAAUAAACUUUGUGCCGCAAAUAUCGGCCGCGGCGCCUUUCCUGGGCUCAGUAUUAAGCGGUCGCAGAAAGCAAUUCAACUUCAUAGCCGAUGUGGUGGAAACCUCGGCCCCUUCGGUGGUUUACAUCGAAAUCAAGGACUCCAGGAGGGUGGAUUUUUUCACUGGAAGACCGGCCACCAUCUCCAACGGCUCUGGGUUUAUAAUCAAGGAAGACGGGCUCAUUUUAACCAACGCUCAUGUAAUAACAAACAAACCCAACGCCAAAGUGGAAGUGAGGCUUAUAAACGGCACAACAUACAACGGGGUUGUGGAGGAUUUUGACGUGAAAAGCGAUUUAGCUCUGGUGCGAAUCUCCGCCAGAAAUUUGCCUGUCAUGAAACUAGGCAACUCGGCGGAUUUGAAACCAGGGGAGUUUGUGGUGGCCAUCGGCAGCCCUUUGGCGCUGAGCAACACGGUUACUUGCGGCGUUGUCAGCUCGACUCAAAGGAAUUCGGACGAGUUGGGUUUGUACGGGAAGGACAUGAUUUACAUUCAAACGGAUGCAGCCAUCACGUUUGGGAACUCCGGGGGACCUCUGGUGAACCUCGAUGGCGAAGCAAUCGGCGUAAAUAGCAUGAAAGUGACGGCGGGGAUAUCGUUUGCCAUUCCUAUUGAUUACGUGAAAGCAUUUAUUAAGAACGCGAAAGGGCCUAAACGUGCAGAUAUCAAGAAGUUGUAUAUGGGCAUUACGAUGCUCACUUUAACCCCCGAGAUUCUGCAUGAGCUGCAGCAAAGGAACCAUUUGGUUCCACAGGAUAUCCAAAGUGGGGUUCUUGUUUGGAAGGUUAUUAUUGGGUCUCCAGCCCACAGUGGAGGCCUUCAACCAGGCGACAUAGUCACCCACAUAGAUGGUAAAAUGGUGCAAGGGGCCCAAGAUGUUUACUCAAUCUUAAGCAACGAUAAAUCCAAAACCCUAAAAAUGUUAAUAACCAGGGAAGGCACAAAGAGGGAAGUUGUUGUAACUCCAGAAGUUGUCAGUUAAUAAUUUACUUAAUUUAUAUUAUUUGUAAAUAAAA